GACGUCACCGUUAAAGCGACCAGCACCGUUACCUGGUUGCUUCCAGAACUCUUUAAAUUAACGGUCCAGCAUCUCAUCACGUCCCGGUCUACAACGCGGACCCGACCCGGUCGCGGGAGACUUUAGGGGGACGUUUCUCCGCCCGUAUGGAUCGUGAUGAGCUCCAGCUGUGAGGUGUGAUCGGUGUCACUAAGCCUGCCUGCCUGCCUGCGUGUGUGUGUGUUUGUGUGUGUGUGUGUGUACACUGUGGGGUAGCAACAGUAGGAUGAGCCGCCCCAGAGCCUCCACAGUCUGCAGGGACUGACACACAACGCUCCAACUACAGCAGUCGAUGCAGUCUUCCAGAGGCUCUCCCUCCCCGUGGCUGACAAACCGGCAGCAGCAUGUCCCGCAUCUCCUCCACCGCCAAGCGCUACGCUGGCCCCUCCUACACCAGCCACUACAGCUCCUACAGCUCCCUGAGCCCGGGCCUUAGCUCCUACAGCGAGCGGGACAGAGUGUCCUCCUACAAGUCUCCCAUCUCCUCCUCCUCAGGUUACUCCUCCUCCAGCUACCUUAGCAGCUCUGCCGCCCGAAGCCGCAACUACAGCACCUCCUCGGACCCCGACCCUGACCGGGGACGCACCAUCCCACGCACAGACAUCCUCGGAAGCAGCAGCAGCAGCAGCAUCAGCAGCCGCCGGAGCAAGAGCCUCAGCAGAACCCCCGCCAAGACCUAUGGCGGGUCGGGGCUGAGCGGGGGGUCGGCCUACACCGGCCCCAGCUCCUACUCUUCAUCCUCAGCCCAGAUCAGCUACCUCUACUCUUCACCGGUGGCCUCCAGCAUCUCGCUCACCCGACGAAAAUCUGUAUCCCAGAGUGACCUGAGCAGGGACCUGGCCUCUCUGGGCCUCAGCGACUCCUCCACCUCCUCCUCUUCCUCCACCCCGUCUUCUUCCACCAGUGCCCUGCGGGCCUACCGCAGUCGGGCCAGCAAUGUGGCCAACUCGUACGGCACCAGCUCCCGCACAGGCUACUCAGGCCUGUCACGGAGCUCCACUCAGGAGGCCCUCUCACGGAGCUCCACCCAGGACGCCUUCAGCAGCAGCAGCAGCAGCAGCAGAGCGUACGGCUCUUCGUCGUGGGAGCCGAGCAGUAACGGGCUGUCUGACUCUCCCACCAGGGACUCCAUGAACUCAAAGAACGCCCAAGGCCUGGUGGGACUAAAGAACCUAGGAAACACUUGUUUCAUGAACAGUAUCCUGCAGUGUCUCAGCAACACACAAAGCCUGCGAGACUACUGCCUGCACAACUCGCACCGCAGAGACCUUAACAACAACAGCCGCACCAACACAGCCCUCAUGCAAGAAUUUGCCAAGCUGAUUCAGAGCAUGUGGACGUCGUCCAGCAGCGAGGCGGUCAGCCCGUCUGAAUUCAGAACUCAGAUCCAGAGAUACGCUCCCAGAUUCGUCAGAUACAGCCAACAGGACGCUCAGGAGUUCCUGCGAUUUCUCCUAGACGGCCUUCACAACGAGGUCAACAGGGUCACAGUGAGGCCGAGAGGCACCAUGGACGACUACGACCACCUGCCGUUCUCCACAUUCAGGGAUGAAGAGAAGGGGAGGAAGAUGUGGAGCAAGUACCUGGAGAGAGAAGACAGCAAGAUAGUGGACCUGUUUGUAGGACAGCUGAAGAGCUCUCUGACCUGCAGGCACUGUGGUUUCUGUUCCACCGUGUUUGACCCCUUCUGGGAUCUGUCUCUACCUAUCGCCAAGACGGGCUACUGUGAAGUGAGUCUGAUGGACUGUAUGCGGCUCUUCACCAAAGAAGACAUCCUGGACGGAGACGAGAAGCCGAUGUGCUCCAGGUGUGAAGUCAGGAGGGUUUGUGCGAAGAAGUUCACGAUACAGAAGUUCCCCAAGAUCUUAGUGCUACACCUAAAACGUUUCUCUGAAGGACAAAGAACUGGAAAACUGUCCACCUUCGUGAACUUCCCUGUGACGGAUCUGGACCUGCGGGAGUUCGCCUCCCAGAGCAGCACAAACGCAGUGUACAACCUGUACGCAGUGUCCAACCACUCAGGCACCACCACAGGAGGUCACUACACGGCCUACUGUCGCAACCCCUCCAACGGAGAAUGGUACACCUUCAACGACUCCAGAGUAACUCCGAUGUCCUCCUCGCACGUGUGCAGCAGCGACGGCUACGUCCUCUUCUACGAGCUGGACGAGAAGCUUCCCGGCGGAAGGCGGGCCGCGCUCUGACCGACAGACAGACGAGAAUAACAAUUAAAGUGUUGGUGGAGACCUGCUCUGGACUUGUAUUUGGACUUGUAUCACACACACACACACACACACACUCACACUCACACUAACUCUCACGCACACACACACACAAACACACACAAACACACACACACCCCACCAGCCUGGAGCCUCUGGAAACCACAGGAACCUGAUCAACCAGCCCUGCUCUCUCUGUCUGUCUGUCUCUACACUCGUGUCGUGCUCGUUCUGGGCGGAGGUGUGCAUGUUUUUUGUGCGUGUGUGUGUGUGUGUGUGUGUGUGUGUUGUGUGCAUGAGUGGGCGAGGCUGACACAGGGCAAUAAUCCCACAUGACGGACAGGUGAAUCUCCAUCUCAGACGUCCCUCUCUAUGCACUGCAAACCGAACUCUCAUCCCGACCGCGCCUUCGCUUCAACUUCUUCAACUCUUCUUGUUUGCCUCGAAUCGUUCAAACUGACAUGUUGCGAUCUUUGAAUUUUUCUGCUUUGAAUUUAUGUUUAUAUGUUUUGUUUUGGAUGAGGGGUGGGCGGGGUUACGACAUCAUCAUCAUCAUCAGACUGCUAAUGAGCUAACAGCCCACCGGCCUGCUCGCACUGCAACACUCCCACGCCUCUGUCGGCGUCUUCAUCACUCUCCUUCUUCUCAAAGUGGUCGGGAGGCCGGUGGCACUGUGAGCGUCACAUGAUUCAGAGGACGGCGCCUCUAACAUGUGUUUUAUUUAAUUGUGUCUCCCACGUGUGGCUGCUACUGAUGUUUUCAAAGUGCUGUGAAUGGAUGAAUGACGCGUCUGGUGCAGACCUGCAGAGGAUUUCUGACGUGAUAACGGUAACAAAGCAUGAGGUCUUUUCUUCCUCUCUUGUUUCAUGCCAUUGAACAACACGGAAAGAAUGUUUUAAAGACAAAUAAAAACACACUAUAUCUGUAUAUUUUUAUAUUCUGAUGCAAUAUAGAGAAUGUACUAUUCAAUGGUGCUGAAAAUUGACCCAUAACUGUUUUCAGUCGGUUUUAUUUCCCACGUUUCAAGAGAGAGAAAAAAGUGAUUAUUUAUGCUUACAGGUGAUAAUGUGAUGAGUCACACUUUUUAGCAGUGGCAGUCAAACACAUGAGUAUAUAAAUAUAUAUAUAUAUAUGAAUAAAAGUUAAAACAGUG